CCUCUGCCUCGGCGCGGAACAAACGGUUAAAGAUUUUGGGCAGCGCCUCGCGGGGGGAGGAGCCAGGGGCCCAAUCCGCAAUUAAAGAUGAACUUUGGGUGAACUAAUUGUCUGACCAAGGUAACGUGGGCAGCAACCUGGGCCGCCUAUAAAGCGGCCGCGCCGUGGGGUUUGGAGCGCUGGCGGCGGCGGCAGGUGGCGCGGGAGGUCGCGGCGCGCCAUGGGGCUCCCGGCGCUGCUGGCCAGUGCGCUCUGCACCUUCGUGCUGCCGCUGCUGCUCUUCCUGGCUGCGAUCAAGCUCUGGGACCUGUACUGCGUGAGCGGCCGCGAUCGCAGUUGUGCCCUCCCAUUGCCCCCCGGGACUAUGGGCUUCCCCUUCUUUGGGGAAACCUUGCAGAUGGUACUGCAGCGGAGGAAGUUCCUGCAGAUGAAGCGCAGGAAAUACGGCUUCAUCUACAAGACGCAUCUGUUCGGGCGGCCCACCGUGCGGGUGAUGGGCGCGGACAAUGUGCGGCGCAUCUUGCUCGGAGAGCACCGGCUGGUGUCGGUCCACUGGCCAGCGUCGGUGCGCACCAUUCUGGGAUCUGGCUGCCUCUCUAACCUGCACGACUCCUCGCACAAGCAGCGCAAGAAGGUGAUUAUGCGGGCCUUCAGCCGCGAGGCACUCGAGUGCUACGUGCCGGUGAUCACCGAGGAAGUGGGCAGCAGCCUGGAGCAGUGGCUGAGCUGCGGCGAGCGCGGCCUCCUGGUCUACCCCGAGGUGAAGCGCCUCAUGUUCCGAAUAGCCAUGCGCAUCCUACUGGGCUGCGAACCCCAACUGGCCGGCGACGGGGACGCCGAGCAGCAGCUUGUGGAGGCCUUCGAGGAAAUGACCCGCAAUCUCUUCUCACUGCCCAUCGACGUGCCCUUCAGCGGGCUGUACCGGGGCAUGAAGGCACGGAACCUCAUUCACGCGCGCAUCGAGCAGAACAUUCGCGCCAAGAUCUGUGGGCUGCGGGCAUCCGAGGCGGGCAGGGGCUGCAAAGACGCGCUGCAGCUGUUGAUCGAGCACUCGUGGGAGAGGGGAGAGCGGCUGGACAUGCAGGCACUAAAGCAAUCUUCAACCGAACUCCUCUUCGGAGGACACGAAACCACGGCCAGUGCAGCCACAUCUCUGAUCACUUACCUGGGGCUCUACCCACAUGUUCUCCAGAAAGUGCGAGAAGAGCUGAAGAGUAAGGGUUUACUUUGCAAGAGCAAUCAAGACAACAAGUUGGACAUGGAAAUUUUGGAACAACUUAAAUACAUCGGGUGUGUUAUUAAGGAGACCCUUCGACUGAAUCCCCCAGUUCCAGGAGGGUUUCGGGUUGCUCUGAAGACUUUUGAGUUAAAUGGAUACCAGAUUCCCAAGGGCUGGAAUGUUAUCUACAGUAUCUGUGAUACUCAUGAUGUGGCAGAGAUCUUCACCAACAAGGAAGAAUUUAAUCCUGACCGAUUCAUGCUGCCUCACCCAGAGGAUGCAUCCAGGUUCAGCUUCAUUCCAUUUGGAGGAGGCCUUAGGAGCUGUGUUGGCAAAGAAUUUGCAAAAAUUCUUCUCAAAAUAUUUACAGUGGAGCUGGCCAGGCAUUGUGACUGGCAGCUUCUAAAUGGACCUCCUACAAUGAAAACCAGUCCCACCGUGUAUCCUGUGGACAAUCUCCCUGCAAGAUUCACCCAUUUCCAUGGGGAAAUCUGAUGAGCUUGAAUGCUCAAACCUCAGACUUAUUUCAAGUGUACAUAUGAGUUUUUAAGGAGUGUUGUGUUGACUUUAUAUUUAAUUUCUAAAUGUAUAUUAUAAUAUUUAUGUGUUUUGACUAUAUUACCACAAUCUUUAAAUAUUAAAAUAAUGAAUUUGUAUUAUUUCCAAAUAAAGUAAAAUUUGAAGGUA